AUGAAUUCUUCUCAAAGCUCAUUUACAGAUCUUAAUGAUUGGGCUUUAGUUUACUAGAAUCUUCAACUAAUUGAAACAGAAUAAUUAUCUUCAAAGCUCUAAUUACAUUUCAAAACUUUACCGAGUUUUAAUGACUUUAUCAAACUUUAUGAGUCUUCUAAAACUGAAUUAAAAGAUACUUGGAAUCUGAAUGAAGAGCUAUUCUUAUAACUUAUUGUUUUGAGUCUCAAUCCAAAAUGUAUAAAGGUAACAACAUAAAAUAUAAUUAUAUUAGAAUCGAUUUGAUUGGGAAAAAGUUUAGAAGCUGAUGCCAAAUUAUAGGAGUCUGUCAGAAUUAUGCUUUAAAUUCUAAUCUUUCUAUAAAGCAUUACUUCCAAGACAGCCUUGGUCUUCAUUCGAAGAUAAAACCUUAUUACAAAUAAUAUUGUAUAAUUAAUCUCAAUUAUAUUAGAGACAAUCCUAAUCGAUGUAAAAAGAAAUGGAGUUAAAUAGCUGAUUAAUAUAAUCUUAUAUGCAAAUCUGAGAUUUUAAGAAAUGCUAAAUAAUGUCGUGAAAGAUGGAACAAUAAAUUAGAUCCAUAAAUUAAUAGGUAAUUAUUGAUAAAAAAUUAAAGAGAACCAUGGUCGAAGUCUGAAGAGUUAAACUUUCUAUAUUUGCUACUUCAGAAUGGACGAAAGUGGGCCGAAAUAUCUAUAAAAUUAUCAAUGAUUACUAAUUAUAGAAGAAGAACUGAGUUUGCCUUGAAACACAAAUUCAAAUAACUCAGAAAAUAUUAUGGUAUAUAUAUUCACUCAUAUAUUUUUAAGGCUAAAAAGCCAAAAAAAAUAUUGAUGUCACAAUAAGUCCAUAUUGGAAUAUUCAAGAAGUCCAAAUGAUUUUAUAUAAAAUCGAACUUCUCUAAGAAAAAUCAAGAAAGUGUCAAACUUAAAAAUAUUCUUUUUGUGAAUUUUUGAGCUCUGAUCGUGAGUUUUUCUUAGUGAUUAUUAAGAAUGGGUGUUUGAUUAAAUUGUGA